AUGUCAAAAAAGGUAAAUAAUGGGGCGUGGGGAGCGUUAUAAUUCUACCUAAUUUAUUUGCAGAGAAUAAUUUUAGAAUACAGAGACAAAAUCAGAAGGUCAAUGGCAUGGAGGAGGAUUGCAGAGGUGUUGGUGUUGAUGGUGGGUGAAGAGAGAUUUGCACAACAAUGUUUGCAAGUCAAUUUCCUUUACCCAAAGUACCCAUUCAUUGCAUUUUACAUGUAGGCCUGUGUAUUUUUACAGGAACUGAGCUAUAAUCAAUGUCAUGGCACAGGUACACUAUAUAUACAAAAGUAUGUGGACACCCCUUCAAAUGUGUGGAUUCGGCUAUUUCAGCCACACCCGUUGCUGACAGGUGAAUAAAAUAGAGCACACAGCAAUGCAAUCUCCAUAGACAAACAUUGGCUGGGGCUGUUUUUCAUGGUUCGGGCUAGGCCCCUUCGUUCCAGUGAAGGGAAAUCUUAACGCUACAGCAUACAAUCACAUUCUAGACGAUUCUGUGCUUCCAACUUUGUGGCAACAGUUUGGGGAAGGCCCUUUCCUGUUUCAUCAUGACAAAGCGAUACAGAAAUGGUUUGUCGAGAUCGGUGUGGAAGAACUUGACUGGCCUGCACAGAGCCCUGAUCUCAACUUCAUCGAACACCUUUGGGAUGGAUUGGAACGCCGACUGCGAGCCAGGCCUAAUCGCCCAACAUCAGUGCCUGACCUCACUAACGCUCCUGCAGCUGAAUGGAAGCAAGUCCCCGCAGCAAUGUUUGAACAGGUCAGAUAAAACCUACCAUAAUUAGGUAGGUUUUAUCUGACCUGUUCAAACUUAAACAUAGUACCUGUUUGUGUGUCAGAUAUUACCUAUCCUAACUGCUUUUGGUAACAGAACAUGAAGCCAGCACAUGGAGACUUGAAAGAUGACGCGAUAAAGUCCAGACUGACAGACAGGCUUGAUAUUGAGGUCUCUGAAUGGAGAGAGACCUGGCACUCAGCAUAAACAUUUUACUAGACACAACUUUGACUUGUAUAGUCUUUUUUCUUAUUAUGUGAUUGAAUAGUACAGUAUUAGUCAACAUGGGAAGUGAGAAACCCUGUAUAUUCUGCACCAGGAUCAGGGAACUCCUGUUGUACAGUGAGGGAAAAAAGUAUUUGAUAUAACAAUGGACAACAAAAUGCAGAAAGAGGAGCACACGGAGGAGAAAAAACGCAAAAGAAAUCAGCUGUACAGAUAACUAAUCCAAAGGGCUUUGACUUCUCAAACACGGUAGAAAGCUAACACAAUAUGAUGCCCCGUGAAGUAAGUGCUCAUUGUGCCAAUGCAUUUGUUUUCAAUAAACAUUUGGAGACGAUAUCAUUUGUAUUUGUCAACAACCUAAGCCAACCCCAUCUAUUUUGUCCCAUAGUUACACACGUCGGUUUUGUUGGUUAACAACCAACCCCUCUAUACCUUCAAAAUAUGGUUAUAACUAUUUAUUCGAUGUCAGACUGACAGUCCUUGCAUGUAGAGCACUGUCUAUGAAUUUAAGAGGGGUUACAUUACCCUAAUGUGGAGAACAAUCACAGAGAAUCAAUCAUUGUAAGCUACAAUCUAAACCGCUGUGAAAUAUCUUCAAAAUAACCAAAUAAUAGCAUUUUUUCAGCUGUUUAAAAGCUGGUAUACAAAACCAAAUGUAAAAAGACGCAAAAACAAAACCUAAACACCCACACCAGUAGAAAUCCAUUUUUUUCGAGCUGAAAGACGAUGGCCAGAGCUUACCCAUGAUGUUGCACAACAAUGUAAAUCAAUAAGUCAAAGUAUGAUCAUAUUUUGGCCUGCAAAUUCGUGCCAAUGACGUGUAAAUUAUUUGCCGCCUAUGUUUCGUUUCAGGGCUGGGUUUUAUUUGAAUAGUACCACACACCAGCAUGGCAUUGUUUAUUAAUCAAAUACACCUGCGAAUCGCGCCUGAGCUGGGCAAUAUAAUAGAUCAUCUUUGACCACAGCAAAGAUGGUGGAUAAAUGAACAUAGUUCACUCAGGCGUUUUAUCAUAGACAACAAAUAGUCAGUUCCGGUCUACUUAAUGGGGUGGGUUUCCCAUAGACACAAAAGGAAAACAAUUGUCAGUUUCGGUCUACUUAAUGGGGUGGGGGUGGGUCUCCAAUAUACACAAACGCAAUAGCAGUUGGGUCUGGUCUACUUAGAUCAUUGAACCGAAGAAAAAAAAAACAGCGAGGAAGUCUCGCUUCCUCUUCCGUCUCUGGCUGCCUGAGCCAUGGAGCAAAUUAAAAGAGGGGGGUGCAAAUUAAAAGAAUUCCACCUGCCCUUUAUUACCAGCAAAUUAUUAUAAUCCAUUACAUUAUUUGUCAAAUUUCACUUAUUUUAGAGCUAGUCUGCAUAAAAAAUAUGUAUAACAAUUUUAUAAAUAAUAACAUUGCGUGAUAUGAUUGCAUUUUAGAACCCCCCCGUCGCUCCAAGAUGAAUGGUUUUGACCACUAACUCUUUAGGCCAAUUUGUUUUGCAUGGCUCGGUGCCCCGAGUAUCCAGUGUUUGAUGAUUUUCGACCUUUCCACUGAUCUUUUUAAAAAAUCGCCACACACCCGUGGCACCGGGCCAUGCAAAACGGAUUCGCCCAUUGCUUCAAUAAGGCUAACCAUAUAAACCGAGUUUAUAUUCUUUCUAUUUCUAUGUCGGAUUCGCAGACGCAAUUUAGAUAAUGCAUUGAUAUAUAGAUAAGCUAUCUUGCUGAGAUAACAGAGAGAACAAAGAUUAUAGCUAUUUCAUAUUGUCCGUGUCCAUGUCCAAAUAUUAAUGACUUCUGGAAUUCGACAGUUUUACUGGCAUUAUCAAAAGGCAAGGAGAGACAAACCUCAAUACUCAACAGCUCGUAUAGGCACGACGUAGAUGGGACUAAUCUCUUGAGAGGUAGGCUGGUAGUCUUUUUCUGAAAUAAUUAUUUUCACCUGAUUUACAGUAUGCCUGUCUUAACUGAAAUGGUGCUCACAUAACUUUCAUUAGCUAGGUAAGAUUAGCAUGCUGUCUAGUUAUACUGACAGCUGUCAGUCAGUGCUUUAUUUGUUAUAAACUGGGUGUUUCGGCCCUGAAUGCUGAUUGUCUAAAAGUUGUUUCUUAUUGUCCAAGAAAUACUAAAGAAAACAACUGUUCUUUAAAACAACUGUUCUUUAUUCAAGUUAACCGGAACCAUACAAGCAUCGUGCAUUGAGCUGGGAUCUCCCACUCUUCUACGCGGGUUUCGCGUCCGCUAAGUGGUCACAUGGCCUCUGUCGUAGAAAUUCUAAUCAAAGGGAAGAGAGACUGCAAAACAGAUAUUGGUCAGGAGAAAUGCAGUAUUAUCAUAAGGAGACGUAUACUUGGAUGAAUGAGGAGGAAUGGAGGGAAAAGGAGAGGCAGAGGAUGUCUAAGAGAGAGAGAGAGGGAGGAAGACUGUGAGUUUGAGUCGGUAAAAAAUGGCGGGGAAAAGGGAGAAGUUUGUUAAAGAAGAGUGGUAGGAAAUGUAAGCAAAGUGAGCUGAAGACAGGAGUAGAAAAGGAAGAGGGUGAAGUAUCGGAGGUGGUAGGUGUUGUUAAAUUGCGUCAAUUCAAAUCUGGUAUUGGGAACAAAAGAGGUGAACACACGUCUUCUAAGAUUUACUAGUAUUUUAAUUAAUGCAAAACACUUCAAUGGUAAAUAUGAUGUUCGUAUAUACGGGUCCACUGAAAUACCACGCAGGGCACUCAGAGAACUGGUCCAUUGUUAUAAGUUCUUCUUAAAAUACUCUGACAGAGAUAGUUCCCGCUCCCUGCUGGCCUAUCAGAGUAGAGACUGAGCGUGGUUUAGACUUACUCAGCCUAUCGUUGGCACACAGGCUGGUCCCAGCCACUUUGCGCUUCACUGUUGCCAGGUGUCUAGUUGUUUUGCAACUUGUCCAGAAAGUCAGCUCUUUUGCAGUACACGUCCUCGAGCGUUCUAACAAAGAGGCUGUGUUUGUGUAUGUGAGAAUCACAAGUCUGUCUCACCCUACUCCCUAACAUUCCUCACAUUAAUCACAGCUUGUUAUAUUAAACAGUCUAUAUCAGUACAGCACAAACCUUUUAUGUUUAAUCAUUAAUGCUUUCUUAUUAAGCUAACAGCACAUCUAAAAUAUAAGAGAAUAAUUCCCCACAAUCCCCCUUUUCACACCCACUGGGUGUGAACCCAAGAUAAGAAAACCCAAAAUAAGACAUUUCAGGGAAAUUUAGGAUUCCCCAUUUUGACACCCUCUAGGGUGUCACUCAUUAAAAUACAAUACAAACAAGAAGAAUCACACUUUUAUUAAUAGGCAAUAAUGAUAAUAAAAAGGCCUUCAGUCCUUCCAUCUACACCCAACUUGUACUAGGUUGGCUACCAGCCACCCAGGAACUUUAAACCUUCACAUAAGGAAAGACAAACAUUCACAAUGGUUAACUUGAUUAAUAAAGCAUCAAACACAGGAUUAAUAGAACACAAAACACAAGAUUAUUAAAACAUAAAACACAAACAGGGAAGUAAAUUUUGGCCCCCUUUAGACACCCUCUAGGGUGUCACUCCACCACCUCACCAAUAGCAAACCAAGGGUCAUCUUUUGUCAACCCCAGUUUCUUCCGAAAGCUAGACUCAGUGUCUGCAUCCCCUUCUUGAGCCCCUAGGAGGGGCAUCAUACCAGCCGUAUGCACGACAUCUGUAACAUACUUUCUCAGACAAGGAAUUACACAGGCAGUACAGCACAUUAAUAUUAGAAACACAACUACUAGGGUCAGAAAUCCAGUAACCACCAUAGUUGAAUACUUGCCAAACCAGUCGUUCAACCAGGAGAACAGCCCACUACUUUCCAUUCCAGCCAUGCACUUCAUUUCAGCUGAUAGUUGAUCUAAACCAACUAGGGCUUUAGAGAUACACCCGUCAGGACUGUUAAAACUCCUCCUACAUCUGUUUAAUCCUUGGUUUCUGGUGACUAAUUCUAACUAGCUGAACCAGUAGAACCAGGGCGCAUGUAUCUAGCCACCCCUUUGGAAUUCUCUGCCUUACACUGCCUUUACUGGCACACGCCCACCACACAUCGGUUACAGGGGCUGUAAGGUUUAGAAUUCUCUCCUGUGCUUCCGAACUUAAGUCUCCAAUUGAUAAUUGGUGAUGUCUUUGUUUCCCUUUACCCCCCCUGGAUGUUCAGUCCCCCUCGGUCUCAUAUCCCCAUCCCCAAGUGUAUUUAAACCCUUGAGUCUAGGAACAAUCCGCCGUGGGGGCCGAACACGAAUAUAAUAGGAUUUUAUAAUCCCAAUUUGCUUAUUGACAUGUACCCCACCCAUUGGCUACAUCCCUAACCCUUAUUUUGAAUCUGACAGUCUGCCCUUCUCUGACUCCCAUUUUGUAGGCCACUCGUCCUUGACGGUCAGUAUGUCGGGUCGCUUCUCUUCUCUUUUACUUCUUAACAAUGGUAAGGGCAUAGCGUAAUUGGUGGUGGAUCUUGACAUAUCAAGACCAUUGCAGAGACUAUGAUGCAACCCAAGUUAUCCAUAUUCCCAAAAACCGCCAACCCUCUCCUGUCCUCAAUCUUUCUGCUUGGUACUACCCCAUACUCACACCUCUAUAAACACUCCACAGUGAUGAAAGGUCGGGGUAGGGGUAGGGGAUCUUCGUUAACAGAGUUUGGGCUCCUGAGUGGCGCAGUGGUCUAAGGCACUGCAUCGCAGUGCUAACUGUGCCACUAGAGAUCCUGGUUCGAAUCCAGGCUCUGUCGCAGCCGGCCGCGACCGGGAGACUCAUGGGCGACGCACAAUUGGCCCAGCGUUGUCCAGGGUAGGGGAGGGAAUGGCCGGCAGGGAUGUAGCUCAGUUGAUAGAGCAGGGUUGUGGGUUUGAUUCCCACGGGGGGCCAGUAUAAAAAAAUAAAAUAAAUGUAUUCACUAACUGUAAGUCGCUCUGGAUAAGAGCGUCUGCUAAAUGACUAAAAUGUAAAUGUAAAUGUAGAGUUUACCCCCAGACCCUAUUGGUUCCAGUUCUUCUCUUUAACUCUGUGUGUGUUCAACGGUGUUGGUAUGUGGGCCUACCUUUUUGCAGUGGGUAACGUUGACCCAAGUGGCUCUCUCAGCUAUUCUAAUGGCAAAGGCAGUGACCAAUAUAACCUGAUAGGGCCCUUCCCAACAGGCCUGCUUCCAGUUUUCUUCUUUAGGGACUGGAUGCCACCAGUCACCUGGUAGAUAGAGUGGGUCACCUUCUCCUUUAGUUCACCUGUGGGGCACAAAACCUCUGACAUACGGGUGUGGUUAAUAAACUAUCUUCACACAUGUUCAGCUCUCAAUUUCUAUUUCAGACUUUUUUUUUUCUAGACUGUAUCUAAAAACAUUUUUUAAAAGUAUUUUGUCCUCUCCUUCGUAUAUAUUUAUUAUUUAAUCCUACCAUCUCCUACCAUCCCCCUUUUGACACAUGAUUUGCCCAUGUGUCAAUAUUACCACCUACCUAAACAAUCACUUAGGUAAUAUUGGUAAUUUAUCAUCCAAUUGCCAUCCCUUAUUUAUUUUUGAGACUGUCCCUUGCUUCUUUAUUGCUCCUAUCUUCCUGAUCUCAUUACUAAAUCAAUGAUCUAGGUAAUAGCUGUUUCGCAUUAGAUUGUGCCUUCCUCUGAUUACUGCAGCUCAUUGCAUUAAUUUAGUUUCAAAUACCAACUUGUUGUUUAUUAAAGCAUACUAAAAAUGAAAUUUAAAUGACAACAUUUGAUAAUACCUCAAUUUACUUCUAUCCAGUAAAAGUAAUCCAAGAUUAGUACAAUUGACUAGCAACAGGUAUCCCUCAUUCAGGGAAAGCUCUCUCUCUUCUGUUAUUUUAUGGUUCAAAUCAUAUAUAUUAUUACCAAAUUAUAAUCUUCUUCACACCUUUCACAGUAUUAUAAAUUACCCUCAAUUUAGUAAAAUAAACUAUCUUAAAGUCCUCCUCUCAUGCCUUUAGAAUUUACUAGUGUGGAUGAUUAAUUAACACCAGAAAGUUAAAACUGUUCCAUCCCAUAGUAUACCAAACAUUACCAUUAUUGUAAAUAUUUCAUAAAUGUUACUUAUCCCAAGUGUUCAUUAAGUCCUCAUGACAUUCAUUCUCAUAAGAAAUCAUAUAUACCCCAAACUCAGCCAAAACCGAAAAACUCCAUAAAAUUCACUGUGCGUGCUCCUCCAAGACCUAUCACCCUUGACCUGCUGAAAACCCCCCCAAAAUUGAAACAACAAGGCUUUAUAAACAUCAUACUAGGUGUGUUGUUUUUUAUUUGAAAAACCCAAUUUGAAAAACAACAACCACAAAUAGCCAGGCCUCACUUGAUUUGGUAGCUCACUUUUAUGACCUAAAUACUGCCUAACUUCACUACUGCUCCCCCUAGCCCUGGGCAACAUUCCAAUGAGAUAAGCUAAUUAUCUUUCUCCUGGUUAUAAUUUUUGUUAACCUUCAAUUACCAUCAGUAAUCUAAAGAUGGUAGUACACACAAAACAUGAUACAGAUAUCCCCAGUCCUAACCCAUCAAUAAUUAUUUGUAUCAAUCUAAUUCCUCAUAACUAAUCCAUAAAACCACUCAAAAUUCCUCGAGUAUACAAUGAUUAUUUAAUUGAUUACCCUAAAUCUGCUACAUGUGAUCUCAUCUCAAAUGAUCCAUUAUCAAUUAUUUGAUCAACCCCCUAGGAAAAUCUGUCUCCCCUUCUAUUGUUCCUGUCCCCCCUGUAAAUGUAAUAUUUCAUUUUUUAGCCAAUACAAUCACGGUUACAUCAAAUGUUCCCUCCUUUGGCCAUGAUAAUAACUGUAAUAACUAUUAAUAAUAAUUGUAAUAACUAUUUCACAUUAAAUUGUGCCUUUUUCUGAUAAUGUUAUAAUUGUAGCCUAUUGCAUUACUUUAGUUUAAAAUAUAAGUUUGUUUAUUUAACAAAUCUAGAAUCCACCACAGGCUGGCACUAUUCCCCCAGCACAACAGCCAAAGCCACUUGCAUCCCCUGGUCCCCGUAACGAAAAUAAAUUAUCGUUCUAGAAUUCACCAACUAUUUGCAUACACUACUGGUGUUAAGCAACCUAUCGAAUAAAGUAAUAACAAUUAGAAUUUAUCAAAGCCCUGCCUUUCAGUCAAGCAUUCAGACCUCCACUUGAAAUCCCACAGCUCAACCCAACUCGCUUGACUGUCUAAAUUUUUUUCUCCCGCUAACCAGAGCCAUAAAUUAUUCUCCUUUGUCCUCAACUCAAUUUUCACAGCUCUAUCGCCAUUUCAGUUCGCUAUUCAAUUUCUUUAACUGUUCUCUCUGAUUAGGCCCUAAUUAAUGAAACAAAUACUUGCUAUCGUUGAUAGGCAUACAUUUAAUGAUAUUCCUAUCAUUUGAACUCUCUCACCCCUCCCCUUGCUCCUUCCUACACAACGGGGAAGGCGCGGGGACCUUGUAACACAUCCUCAUAGACCUUUCUAGAAUACUUCUACUUAAGCUAUCUAAUUCAACCUUUCACAUUUCUCAAUCCACGUAGUAAUCUAGGUCUAUAGCCCCAAUGCGAAAGCUUUACCCACUGUCCCUACCUGUGUUCGAACCAGAGACCCUCUCCAUACAUUGCCAGUCACCCCACACAUUCCGCGAUGCUUUCAAAGCACGCCAAACAACCACUUCCAUGUCGCACAACCAGCCACGUCAUCACUCCCGACUAGCCAGCCCUUUCAUCUCAAACACUAAAUCCCCUAGUAGCAAAAAUAAAACACACUCUCAAACAGCGUUCUGCAUUUACCUCUAUCAUCUGGUUUAAAAACUAACGUAACAACAUUAACCAUCCUCUAUUGCUGUAGUAACGUCAUGUUUGGUUCAGUUUAUUUAUUACGGAGUGUCCAUAAUACUAUAAUAAUACAUAAUCGAAUUCCCCUCAUACAUACAGAUUUCACCUUAUGCCAUUGAAAUGCCAAAUAAACCAUAAUAGUUCAAUGGAGCCCCCUAUUGGCUCUCCACUAUUUAUACAUUACUUCCAUAACCACACCAGUCAUGGUCCGAUCACCCAUCAAACCCCAUCACAUGAUCAAACAACGGUAUAACCUUAAACUCAUAUUCUCUACUUUCUCACCCAUUACGUACGUCUACGUUCGGGUGAGCAAGUUCAUACGUAUAUAUCGUUAGAAAUGUAUAGGUACCUCUCAAAUAAUCGCUUCGUGGUGUUUUUAGCCAAUUCUUAAUCGACACAAAUUACCCCCUAGUCCUUCCUGACUCUCCAAAAGCCACACUCUCGCUGUCUCCAGCCCCUCCCCUCGCGGCUCUCCCUCCUGUGUCCAGUCAGAACAGGCCCCGUCUGUUCCUCGUCCUAAUUUGUAAUAUACGUCCGUUAUUUAAUUAUUUAAAGUACGUCUAUCUAUUUAUUUAAAUCAAAUUAUUCCCACCUAAUAAGUUAAAGUCUGUGCAUAUUUAUAUUUCAACGAUAAACCAAAUUAUUUCUGUCUAAUUAUUUAACCAGUAUUUUGCAGGGUCAAACAUCAACCGUUAUUAAAUAAUAAACCAAAUAGCUUCAACUUAAUUAUUUAAAACCAGUAUUAUGCUAUGUCAAACAUCAAACGCCACAGUUCAAUCAUAUCAGCUCAAACGUUUCAGUUCAGUCACACUAGCCAUUCAUCACUUUACCUUUAUGUUCCCAAUUGUUAUUAACGGGUUAUAGGGUUUAAGCAACCACAAACCCAACAGUUAUUCACAAAUUAUACAGUUUGGACAGCCACAGACGUCUUUAAUUCCUAAUUAGUUUUCUAUCAAGGUAUACAGGUUUAUUAAUUUUAGUAACCCGCAUUCAGUCUUUUAUUUCGUCUGCAAACACUCUUUUAUUACACUGGGAUCAUUCGCACAACACCCCACACUCCAAAGUGUCCCUCUGAUCCUAGCCGUACCUAGCCCCCGGGUACGUGUCAGUAGUGCAACACUAUCUAAAAUUGUAAGUGUCCCUCUGAUCCUAGCCGUAUCUAGCCCUCUGAUACGUGUCAAUAGCGUAACACCUUUAACCAAUAAUUCCCUACGCCUCCAGUUCUCACCACUUGUGAUCCUAGCCUGGAGUCGACUAAAAUGUAAGUGUCCCUAUGAUCCUAGCCGUAUCUAGCCUUCUGAUACGUGUCAAUAGCGCAACACUUUUAAGCCAAUAAUUCCCUGUACCCCCAGUUCCCACCCCUGGUGGUCCUAGCCUGGGGAUUUCAGUAUUUUUCCCCGAUCCUAGCCGUACCUAGCCCUCUGGUACGUGCCAGUAGAACAAUACUUUAUGGUACCAAGGUUUAACAUCACAUUCACCACAGGUUUGCAUGUCACAAUAUGGUGCUUAUCUACUCAUAAUAAUUUGUAUAAUAAUUCAUAAUUUAGUUCACUUACAUCAAACAGGUGUUUCACAAAAUUAAUUUGGAUAAAGCCAAUGUGCAGAACUUUAGUUAUAUAACAAUAGAUGUCUGCUUACCUGUUUUUAGUAGUCCGGACUCUUUGUGAAACACACCGUCCAAUGACAGAGAUGUCCAAUGGGCCGGACAAUACCCAGCGAAGUCCCUUCUACCAGAUCACAGUCGGUGGUCACCAAUUGUUAAGUUGCGUCAAUUCAAAUCUGGUAUUGGGAACAAAAGAGGUGAACACACGUCUUCUAAGAUUUACUAGUAUUUAAAUUAAUGCAAAACACUUCAAUGGUAAAUAUGAUGUUCGUAUAUACGGGUCCACUGAAAUACCACGCAGGGCACUCAGAGAACUGGUCCAUUGUUAUAAGUUCUUCUUAAAAUACAUUGACAGAGAUAGUUCCCGCUCCCUGCUGGCCUAUCAGAGUAGAGACUGAGCGUGGUUUAGACUUACUCAGCCUAUCGUUGGCGCACAGGCUGGUCCCAGCCCCUUGGCGUUUACUGUUGCCAGGUGUCUAGUUGUUUUGCAACUUGUCCAGAAAGUCAGCUCUUUUGCAGUACACGUCCUCGAGCGUUCUAACAAAGAGGCUGUGUUUGUGUAUGUGAGAAUCACAAGUCUGUCUCACCCUACUCCCUAACAUUCCUCACAUUAAUCACAGCUUGUUAUAUUAAACAGUCUAUAUCAGUACAGCACAAACCUUUUAUGUUUAAUCAUUAAUGCUUUCUUAUUAAGCUAACAGCACAUCUAAAAUAUAAGAGAAUAAUUUCCCACAAUCCCCUUUUCACACUUACUGGGUGUGAACCCAAAAUAAGAAAACCCCAAAUAAGACAUUUCAGGGUGUCACUCAUUAAAAUACAAUACAAACAAAAAUAAUCACACUUUUAUUAAUAGGCAAUAAUGAUAAUAAAAAGGCAUUCAGUCCUUCCAUCUACACCCAACUUGUACUAGGUUGGCUACCAGCCACCCAGGAACUUCAAACCUUCACAUAAGGAAAGACAAACAUUCACAAUGGUUAACUUGAUUAAUAAAGCAUAAAACACAGGAUUGAUAGAACACAAAACACAAGAUUAUUAAAACAUAAAACACAAACAGGGAAGUACAUUUUGGCCCCAUUUAGACACCCUCUAGGGUGUCACUCCACCACCUCACCAAUAGCAAACCAAGGGUCAUCUUUUGUCAACCCCAGUUUCUUCCGAAAGCUAGACUCAGUGUCUGCAUCCCCUUCUUGAGCCCCUAGGAGGGGCAUCAUACCAGCCGUAUGCACGACAUCUGUAACAUACUUUCUCAGACAAGGAAUUACACAGGCAGUACAGCACAUUAAUAUUAGAAACACAACUACUAGGGUCAGAAAUCCAGUAACCACCAUAGUUGAAUACUUGCCAAACCAGUCGUUCAACCAGGAGAACAGCCCACUACUUUCCAUUCCAGCCAUGCACUUCAUUUCAGCUGAUAGUUGAUCUAAACCAACUAGGGCUUUAGAGAUACUCCCGUCAGGACUGUUAAAACUCCUCCUACAUCUGUUUAAUCCGUGGUUUCUGGUGACUAAUUCUAACUAGCUGAACCAGUAGAACCAGGGCGCAUGUAUCUAGCCACCCCUUUGGAAUUCUCUGCCUUACACUGCCUUUACUGGCACACGCCCACCACACAUCGGUUACAGGGGCUGUAAGGUUUAGAAUUCUCUCCUGUGCUUCCGAACUUAAGUCUCCAAUUGAUAAUUGGUGAUGUCUUUGUUUCCCUUUACCCCCGCUGGAUGUUCAGUCCCCCUCGGUCUCAUAUCCCCAUCCCCAAGUGUAUUUAAACCCUUGAGUCUAGGAACAAUCCGCCGUGGGGGCCGAACACGAAUAUAAUAGGAUUUUAUAAUCCCAAUUUGCUUAUUGACAUGUACCCCACCCAUUGGCUACAUCCCUAACCCUUAUUUUGAAUCUGACAGUCUGCCCUUCUCUGACUCCCAUUUUGUAGGCCACUCGUCCUUGACGGUCAGUAUGUCGGGUCGCUUCUCUUCUCUUUUACUUCUUAACAAUGGUAAGGGCAUAGCAUAAUUGGUGGUGGAUCUUGACAUAUCAAAAGACCAUUGCCGAGACUAUGAUGCAACCCAAGUUAUCCAUAUUCCCAAAAACCGCCAACCCUCUCCUGUCCUCAGUCUUUCUGCUUGGUACUACCCCAUACUCACACCUCUAUAAACACCCCACAGUGAUGAAAGGUCGGGGUAGGGGAUCUUCGUUAACAGAGUUUACCCCCAGACCCUAUUGGUUCCAGUUCUUCUCUUUAACUCUGUGUGUGUUCAACGGUGUUGGUAUGUGGGCCUACCUUUUUGCAGUGGGUAACGUUGACCCAAGUGGCUCUCUCAGCUAUUCUAAUGGCAAAGGCAGUGACCAAUAUAACCUGAUAGGGCCCUUCCCAACAGGCCUGCUUCCAGUUUUUCUUCUUUAGGGACUGGAUGCUCACCAGUCACCUGGUUAGAUAGAGUGGGUCACCUUCUCCUUUAGUUCACCUGUGGGGCACAAAACCUCUGACAUACGGGUGUGGUUAAUAAACUACCUUCUCACAUGUUCAGCUCUCAAUUUCUAUUUCUGACUUUUUUUUUUCUAGACUGUAUCUAAACAAAAAACUUUUUAAAGUAUUUUGUCCUCUCCUUCGUAUAUAUUUAUUAUUUAAUCCUACCAUCUCCUACCAUCCCCAUUUUGACACAUGAUUUGCCCAUGUGUCAAUAUUACCACCUACCUAAACAAUCACUUAGGUAAUAUUGGUAAUUUAUCAUCCAAUUGCCAUCCCUUAUUUAUUUUUGAGACUGUCCCUUGCUUCUUUAUUGCUCCUAUCUUCCUGAUCUCAUUACUAAAUAAAUGAUCUAGGUAAUAGCUGUUUCGCAUUAGAUUGUGCCUUCCUCUGAUUACUGCAGCUCAUUGCAUUAAUUUAGUUUCAAAUACCAACUUGUUGUUUAUUAAAGCAUACUAAAAAUGAAAUUUAAAUGACAACAUUUGAUAAUACCUCAAUUUACUUCUAUCCAGUAAAAGUAAUCCAAGAUUAGUACAAUUGACUAGCAACAGGUAUCCCUCAUUCAGGGAAAGCUCUCUCUCUCUUCUGUUAUUUUAUGGUUCAAAUCAUAUAUAUUAUUACCAAAUUAUAAUCUUCUUCACACCUUUCACAGUAUUAUAAAUUACCCUCAAUUUAGUAAAAUAAACUAUCUUAAAGUCCUCCUCUCAUGCCUUUAGAAUUUACUAGUGUGGAUGAUUAAUUAACACCAGAAAGUUAAAACUGUUCCAUCCCAUAGUAUACCAAACAUUACCAUUAUUGUAAAUAUUUCAUAAAUGUUACUUAUCCCAAGUGUUCAUUAAGUCCUCAUGACAUUCAUUCUCAUAAGAAAUCAUAUAUACCCCAAACUCAGCCAAAACCGAAAAACUCCAUAAAAUUCACUGUGCGUGCUCCUCCAAGACCUAUCACCCUUGACCUGCUGAAAACCCCCCCAAAAUUGAAACAACAAGGCUUUAUAAACAUCAUACUAGGUGUGUUGUUUUUUAUUUGAAAAACCCAAUUUGAAAAACAACAACCACAAAUAGCCAGGCCUCACUUGAUUUGGUAGCUCACUUUUAUGACCUAAAUACUGCCUAACUUCACUACUGCUCCCCCUAGCCCUGGGCAACAUUCCAAUGAGAUAAGCUAAUUAUCUUUCUCCUGGUUAUAAUUUUUGUUAACCUUCAAUUACCAUCAGUAAUCUAAAGAUGGUAGUACACACAAAACAUGAUACAGAUAUCCCCAGUCCUAACCCAUCAAUAAUUAUUUGUAUCAAUCUAAUUCCUCAUAACUAAUCCAUAAAACCACUCAAAAUUCCUCGAGUAUACAAUGAUUAUUUAAUUGAUUACCCUAAAUCUGCUACAUGUGAUCUCAUUCAAAUGAUCCAUUAUCAAUUAUUUGAUCAACCCCCUAGGAAAAUCUGUCUCCCCUUCUAUUGUUCCUGUCCCCCCUGUAAAUGUCAUAUUUCAUUUUUUUGCCAAUACAAUCACGGUUACAUCAAAUGUUCCCUCCUUUGGCCAUGAUAAUAACUGUAAUAACUAUUAAUAAUAAUUGUAAUAACUAUAUCACAUUAAAUUGUGCCUUUUUCUGAUAAUGUUAUAAUUGUAGCCUAUUGCAUUACUUUAGUUUAAAAUAUAAGUUUGUUUAUUUAACAAAUCUAGAAUCCACCACAGGCUGGCGCUAUUCCCCCAGCACAACAGCCAAAGCCACUUGCAUCCCCUGGUCCCCGUAACGAAAAUAAAUUAUCGUUCUAGAAUUCACCAACUAUUUGCAUACACUACUGGUGUUAAGAAACCUAUCGAAUAAAGUAAUAACAAUUAGAAUUUAUCAAAGCACUGCCUUCCAGUCAAGCAUUCAGACCUCCACUUGAAAUCCCACAGCUCAACCCAACUCGCUUGACUGUCUCUAUUUUUUUCUCCCGCUAACCAGAGCCAUAAAUUAUUCUCCUUUGUCCUCAACUCAAUUUUAACAGCUCUAUCGCCAUUUCAGUUUGCUAUUCAAUUUCUUUAACUGUUCUCUCUGAUUAGGCCCUAAUUAAUAAAACAAAUACUUGCUAUCGUUGAUAAGCAUACAUUUAAUGAUAUUCCUAUCAUUUGAACUCUCUCACCCCUCCCCUUGCUCCUUCCUACACAACGGGGAAGGCGCGGGGACCUUGUAACACAUCCUCAUAGACCUUUCUAGAAUACUUCUACUUAAGCUAUCUAAUUCAACCUUUCACAUUUCUCAAUCCACGUAGUAAUCUAGGUCUAUAGCCCCAAUGCGAAAGCUUUACCCACUGUCCCUACCUGUGUUCGAACCAGAGACCCUCUCCAUACAUUGCCAGUCACCCCACACAUUCCGCGAUGCUUUCAAAGCACGCCAAACAACCACUUCCAUGUCGCACAACCAGCCACGUCAUCACUCCCGACUAGCCAGCCCUUUCAUCUCAAACACUAAAUCCCCUAGUAGCAAAAAUAAAACACACUCUCAAACAGCGUUCUGUAUUUACCUCUAUCAUCGGGUUUAAAAACUAACGUAACAACAUUAACCAUCCUCUAUUGCUGUAGUAACGUCAUGUUUGGUUCGGUUUAUUUAUUACGGAGUGUCCAUAAUACUAUAAUAAUACAUAAUCGAAUUCCCCUCAUACAUACAGAUUUCACCUUAUCCCAUUGAAAUGCCAAAUAAACCAUAAUAGUUCAAUGGAGCCCCCUAUUGGCUCUCCACUAUUUAUACAUUACUUCCAUAACCACACCAGUUAUGGUCCGAUCACCCAUCAAACCCCAUCACAUGAUCAAACAACGGUAUAACCUUAAACUCAUAUUCUCUACUUUCUCACCCAUUACGUACGUCUACGUUCGGGUGAGCAAGUUCAUACGUAUAUAUCGUUAGAAAUGUAUAGGUACCUCUCAAAUAAUCACUUCGUGGUGUUUUUAGCCAAUUCUUAAUCGACACAAAUCACCCCCUAGUCCUUCCUGACUCUCCAAAAGCCACACUCUCGCUGUCUCCAGCCCCUCCCCUCGCGGCUCUCCCUCCUGUGUCCAGUCAGAACAGGCCCCGUCUGUUCCUCGUCCUAAUUUGUAAUAUACGCCCGUUAUUUAAUUAUUUAAAGUACGUCUAUCUAUUUAUUUAAAUCAAAUUAUUCCCACCUAAUUAGUUAAAGUCUGUGCAUAUUUAUAUUUCAACGAUAAACCAAAUUAUUUCUGUCUAAUUAUUUAACCAGUAUUUUGCAGGGUCAAUCAUCAACCGUUAAAUUAAAUAAUAAACCAAAUAGCUUCAACUUAAUUAUUUAAAACCAGUAUUAUGCUAUGUCAAACAUCAAAUGCCACAGUUCAAUCAUAUCAGCUCAAACGUUUCAGUUCAGUCACACUAGCCAUUCAUCACUUUACCUUUAUGUUCCCAAUUGUUAUUAACGGGUUAUAGGGUUUAAGCACAAACCCAACAGUUAUUCACAAAUUAUACAGUUUGGACAGCCACAGACGUCUUUAAUUCCUAAUUAGUUUUCUAUCAAGGUAUACAGGUUUAUUAAUUUUAGUAACCCGCAUUCACUCUUUUAUUUCGUCUGCAAACACUCUUUUAUUACACUGGGAUCAUUCGCACUCUCAUUCACACAACACCCCACACUCCAAGUGUCCCUCUGAUCCUAGCCGUACCUAGCCCCCGGGUACGUGUCAGUAGUGCAACACUAUCUAAAAUUGUAAGUGUCCCUCUGAUCCUAGCCGUAUCUAGCCCUCUGAUACGUGUCAAUAGCGUAACACCUUUAACCAAUAAUUCCCUACGCCUCCAGUUCUCACCACUUGUGAUCCUAGCCUGGAGUCGACUAAAAUUUAAGUGUCCCUAUGAUCCUAGCCGUAUCUAGCCUUCUGAUACGUGUCAAUAGCGUAACACCUUUAACCAAUAAUUCCCUACGCCUCCAGUUCUCACCACUUGUGAUCCUAGCCUGGAGUCGACUAAAAUGUAAGUGUCCCUAUGAUCCUAGCCGUAUCUAGCCUUCUGAUACGUGUCAAUAGCGCAACACUUUUAAGCCAAUAAUUCCCUGUACCCCCAGUUCCCACCCCUGGUGGUCCUAGCCUGGGGAUUUCAGUAUUUUUCCCGAUCCUAGCCGUACCUAGCCCUCUGGUACGUGCCGGUGGAACAAUACUUUAUGGUUCCAAGGUUUAACAUCACAUUCACCACAGGUUUGCAUGUCACAAUAUGGUGCUUAUCUACUCAUAAUAAUUUGUAUAAUAAUUCAUAAGUUAGUUCACUUACAUCAAACAGGUGUUUCACAAAAUUAAUUUGGAUAAAGCCAAUGUGCAGAACUUUAGUUAUAUAACAAUAGGUGUCUGCUUACCUGUUUUUAGUAGUCCGGACUCUUUGUGAAACACACCGUCCAAUGACAGAGAUGUCCAAUGGGCCGGACAAUACCCAGCGAAGUCCCUUCUACCAGAUCACAGUCGGUGGUCACCAAUUGUUAAGUUGCGUCAAUUCAAAUCUGGUAUUGGGAACAAAAGAGGUGAACACACGUCUUCUAAGAUUUACUAGUAUUUUAAUUAAUGCAAAACACUUCAAUGGUAAAUAUGAUGUUCGUAUAUACGGGUCCACUGAAAUACCACGCAGGGCACUCAGAGAACUGGUCCAUUGUUAUAAGUUCUUCUUAAAAUACUCUGACAGAGAUAGUUCCCGCUCCCUGCUGGCCUAUCAGAGUAGAGACUGAGCGUGGUUUAGACUUACUCAGCCUAUCGUUGGCGCACAGGCUGGUCCCAGCCCCUUGGCGCUUCACUGUUGCCAGGUGUCUAGUUGUUUUGCAACUUGUCCAGAAAGUCAGCUCUUUUGCAGUACACGUCCUUGAGCGUUCUAACAAAGAGGCUGUGUUUGUGUAUGUGAGAAUCACAAGUCUGUCUCACCCUACUCCCUAACAUUCCUCACAUUAAUCACAGCUCGUUAUAUUAAAAAGUCUAUAUCAGUACAGCACAAACCUUUUAUGUUUAAUCAUUAAUGCUUUCUUAUUAAGCUAACAGCACAUCUAAAAUAUAAGAUAAUAAUUUCCCACAGUGUGGUGAAGUACUCGGAGCCAGAGGCUUGCGCAGACGGUCAGGAUAAAGAUGAGUCUGUGACAGUAGGAGUGAAGUUUGUGGAAAAAGUGGAUCCUUGCCUUUUGGCUGAUCCAUUUGUGGUUUCAAGAUGGGUGAAAAAAGCGUUGGGUAUAGUGGAAUCGGUGAUAAUUGUUUGUUUUUCUGUUGGGCAGAGGGAGAAGGCGCUCAGAGUUAAACAAAUGGGGGAAAUAAUUGUGAAUUGUUUCGCUAUUAAGAAAAGGGCGCCAUUGAGAGGAGUGAUUACUGGGGUAGCAGUAAAUGUAAAAGUGGAUCAACUGAAGGGGAAGAUUCCCGGUGUGUGUGAUGCUUGUCGUUUGGUGUGACGUAAACAGGGUGGCGAUAGUGGGGAAACAGAAGAGUCAUUGUCUGUUCUUUUGACUUUUGAAGUUGAGUCUUUGCCUGAUAAAGUGAAGUUAGGAUAUACAAGUUAAAAUAGGGGGGUGCAAAUUAAAUUUCAUCCAUUAAGUUAUCCUGUGCGAGCUUAUGUGCCGAGUACAUUACGAUGUUACAGGUGUCAAAUUUAUGAGCAUGUGGCAGCAGUAUGUAGGAGGGAGAUUCCAAGGUGUGAGAAGUGUGCAGAAGGGCAUGAGACAAAGGAGUGUGAAGCAGUGGGGAAAGUGGUGGAAUGUGCUAAUUGUAGGGGUGGCCAUGGGGCUGGGGAUCAGACAUGUCCAGUGCGAGAGAAGCAGGUUGAGGUUUCCAGGGUAAGAGUAGAGAAGAAGUUGUCAUAUGCGGAGGCAGUGAAGAAAGUAGAGGAAGAGGGGUCAAGGGGGGAGUGGUGAGAGUAGUAGAUAUGUACCAGUACAGUGGGAUAGGCAAGCAAGUGAUAUAUGUUUCAGUAAUAUUGGGUUUUUAGUGUUUAUAGCAAUGGUUAUUAAUUGUACUGCAGGGAUGGAACGCAAAUCGAAGAAAAUUGAGGUUGUGGUGGCAGCUGCAGAGAGAUAUUUGGGUGUGCGAGACUUGACAGCAGAAGAGUUACAGGGAGUGUUAAGUGGUGAUGUCCCAUCAUUUCAGGUUAAGGGCAUGAGGUUGGAGUGAGUAUAUUUAAAUAGUGGAGAAGGGUGGGGUUAAUUAUUAAUAGAUGUUUUGAAGUUGUGAGUGUAGUGUUAGAUGGUAGGAUAUUUCUUUGCUUUGUUUUAUUUUAUUUUUCAAGGAAAUAAAAGGGAGUUGUACUCCAGUCUAGUAGGUGGCGGUAAUGCAACAAAUUGGAUGCCAACCGCUGUUAAACCUCAUUGAAGAAGAAGAAGAAGCUGCAAAUUAUUUUUGCUUGUGUCUUUCCGGAGUGAUUAUUUGUUAUAAUCUUUGCUAAAUAAAUAACGGAGGAAAGUGGAAAGCCUACUUGAGCGCACACGAAAAAAUGUGCUGAAUCAAUCUCUAUUUUUAAUCUAAUUUUUAAUGGAUGAUGCGAUGGAACUAUCAAAUUAUUCGGAAUUGUUUUUGACAUCCCAGAAAAGACAGUUGAAAGUUUGAUUUGUUCAGCAAGUAAAGAAUCGUAACGUGUAAUUACCUCUGCAAGCUGCUUGUAGUUGCCCUUGUUUGGCGGAACUCUCCCUCUCGUCGUGUCCUCUAAAAGCAAAUUCUUGCAUGCCCAAAAACACAGUGGUGUUGAUAAGCCACUUGAGAACAUCCCUGUUUCUUCUUACUUUCUCGUCGUGUUGCGCAGUUUGAAUACGCAGACCUUCGUCAUAAUCGAUGCAGCUUUUUUCCCAGAAGCUUGAAUCUGAUGUGGGCAUUUAUAUGCUCCCUGCUUUUGUUUUGCCGUUUAUCUGAACGAUCGAUGUUCUUCAGGUCCCUGUACCCACCUUUCGACCAAGGCUCAGACUUUCCAAAAAGCAGGCAAGGCCGGCAACACAGGCGGCUUGAUGAAAGGCUCCCUGUUAACCAGCUAUACUGUUGAUACCAGUUGGUAUUGAACAACCUCACCUUUUCAUCCUUCUUCAUGAAACUGACCUCAGGCAGAGGUCGACCCUCGCUUUUAAUAUGCACCUUUACCGUGUACCCCAGAGAAUGAACAAAAAGUCCACAACAUUUUCGGCAGCGUUGGCCAUUCUACCAUUCUGGUGGAGAAAACUGCACAUUCGAGCUGGUAGCUAGCUAGCUACUGAAGUUAGCAAGGCAAAUUUAAAUAAAUUGCACUAACUGGACACAAAAAUAAAGUUCUAAAACCAAGAAAACUAUUUAUAAUAUACUUCCUCCGUCUCCUGUAAUUUGAAAAAACUGAUUUGAAUUGAAUAAUAUCCCAAAAAUGCUCAACUAUCACUCUCUCUUAAUCUCUAUCCAACAAUGUCACCAAGCUUCUCAACACAUAGAACCCCCAUAAUGCUCUGUGGCACAACACACUAGGUUUGUUCUCUGAUCUUAAUUAUAUGAUUGGAUGGACAACAUGUGUUAAGAGAAUGUAUUAACUAACAAUUUCAGUGUCUCUGUGCGUCUCCCAAAAGGUUGUAAGGCUUUUGGAUCAAGAAACGGACAGAGCUCCCAGUCUGCAAUAGUCAGAGAUCUUUAUUCAUUGAGAAUUCUGUUAUCACAAUUUCAGAGUCAAUCUUUUAUACACACACGUCAUACAAAAAUCCCACCCGCUUUAGGCGGGCUGUAGUUUUCCACUGGAAAACUGCUCUCCUGACCAUCUGGUCACACACACACACACACAAACAAACACACACACACACACACACACAUACAUACAUACACACACACACAUGUUCUUAUCAUAAUCUACAACCUGCUAGGGCAGGCUGCAUUCCAAAGUUAUCGCCGUUCUCACAAUAUCCUGCAACAUGUUUAACAGUUCUCCUUCUUCGCCGUCCGGCCCAACUCCCACUCACAUUGCUAAACAGCAACACAAUGUAAUCUCAACUUGCCCUAUGCUCACACAUUACCAGGUAGUAGAUUCUAACACAUCUCACACAGUUUCGGAGUGUAAUAAUUAGUCCCUACUAAGAAAGUACUAAUCAUACUUAAAACAAGAACAUUUCACAACUAUAUUUAAGGGUGGAACAUUUAGUCAUUACUUUUAACCUGUAUAUAUUUUAAUUUCUAUAUCAACAUGUCAGUUCAUACUGCAAAAGCUUUGAUUGGUUGGAGGACGUCCUCCGGAAGUGGUCAUAAUUACCAUGUAUGUCUAUGGAAGGAAGUAAGGCCUACGAGCCUCCUAGGUUUUGUAUUGAAGUCAACGUAGCCAGAGGACGGAAGCUAGCUGUCCUCCGGCUACUCCAUGGUGCUACCCCAGACAGUGCUGUUGAAGUUACUGUAGACCUUCAUUGCAAAACAGUGUAUUUUAAUGAAUUAUUUGGUGACAUAUUAAUAUAUUUAGUAUAGUUUUAUAUAAAAAGGAUAACUUUUUAAACGUUUCACUAUUUUUAUUGUUAUAAAAUUUCACUGAGGAGGAUGGUCCUCUCCUUCCUCCUCUGAGGAGCCUCCACUGGUGUGUUGGUGUGUGUGGUAAAACGUAGGACAAAAACAAACAAACAAAUGGCCAGACCUUACAUAUCUGGGAGCUCCCUUUAGGGCCGGAUACGGAUACCUUUAUACAUUUACAUUUUUACAUUUUAGUUAUUUAGCAGACGCUCUUAUCCAGAGCGACUUACAGUUAGUGAAUGCAUACGUAUUAUUAUUAUUUUUUAAAAUAUUUUUAUUUCUUUCAUACUGACCCCCCGUGGGAAACGAACCCACAUCCCUGCCGGCCAAACCUUCCCUACCUUGGACGACGCUGGACCAAUUGUGCGCCGCCCAUGGGUCUCCCGGUUGCGGCCGGCUGCGACAGAGCCUGGACUCGAACCAGGAUCUCUAGUGGCACAGCUAGCACUGCGAUGCAGUGCCUUAGACCACUGCGCCACUUUAUAAAACUGCAGAAUUUCACUAACUGCUCUCCCAAGAUAACAGUUUCGGAAACAUUUCAAAGAGAGAGAUAAUGACACACCAUCCUCUCCUGGAAGAGAAAGUGUACAUUUCGGUAGUAUUCACUAUGCUACAUCUUAAUCAGCAACACAAAAGUUGUAAUUCCAAACCAAACAAAAUAAAGAUAAGUCCACCGUCCUCCCUCCAAUCAUUAAUCGUUUGUUUUAAUCCACCCUAAUGUUUAUGUACCCUUAAUUUAGCAUGUACAGUUGUGGUCAAAAGUUUUGAGAAUGACACAAAUAUUAAUUGCUGCCUCAGUUUUUAUGAUGGCAAUUUGCAUAUACUCCAGAAUGUUAUGAAGAUUGAUCAGAUGAAUUGCAAUUAAUUGCAAAGUCCCUCUUUACAAUGAAAAUUAACUUAAUUCCAAAAAAACAUUUCCACUGCAUUUCUGCCCUGCCACAAAAGGAACAGCUGACAUCAUGUCAGUGAUUCUCUCGUUAACACAGGUGAGAGUGUUGACGAGGACAAGGCUGGAGAUCACUCUGUCAUGCUGAUUGAGUUAGAAUAACAGACUGGAAGCUUUAAAAAGGAGGGUGGUGCUUGAAAUCAUUGUUCUUCCUCUGUUAACCAUGGUUACCUGCAAGGAAACACGUGCCGUCAUCAUUGCUUUGCACAAAAAGGGCCUCACAGGCAAGGAUAUUGCUGCUAGUAAGAUUGCACCUAAAUCAACUAUUUAUCGGAUCAUCAAGAACUUCAAGGAGAGAGGUUCAAUUGUUGUGAAGAAGGCGUCAGGGCGCCCAAGAAAGUCCAGCAAGCGCCAGGACCGUCUCCUAAAGUUGAAUCAGCUGCGGGAUCGGGGCACCACCAGUGCAGAGCUUGCUCAGGAAUGGCAGCAGGCAGGUGUGAGUGCAUCUGCACGCACAGUGAGGCGAAGACUUUUGGAGGAUGGCCUGGUGUCAAGAAGGGCAACGAGGAAGCCACUUCUCUCCAGGAAAAAGAUCAGGGACAGGCUGAUAUUUUGCAAAAGGUACAGGGAUUGGACUGCUGACGACUGGGAUAAAGUCAUUUUCUCUGAUGAAUCCCCUUUCCGAUUGUUUGGGGCAUCCGGAAAAAAGCUUGUCUGGAGAAGACAAGGUGAGCGCUACCAUCAGUCCUGUGUAAUGCCAACAGUAAAGCAUCCUGAGACCAUUCAUGUGUGGGGUUGCUUCUCAGCCAAGGGAGUGGGCUCACUCACAAUUUUGCUUAAGAACACAGCCAUGAACUUCUCCCAACCAUCCAAGAACAGUUUGGUGACGAACAAUGCCUUUUCCAGCAUGAUGGAGCAUCUUGCCAUAAGGCAAAAGUGAUAAGUGGCUCGGGGAACAAAACAUCGACAUUUUGGGUCCAUGGCCAGGAAACUCCCCUGACCUUAAUCCCAUUGAGAACUUGUGGUCAAUCCUCAAGAGGCGGGUGGACAAACAAAAACCCACAAAUUCUGACAAACUCCAAGCAUUGAUUAUGCAAGAAUGGGCUGCCAUCAGUCAGGAUGUGGCCCAGAAGUUAAUUGACAGCAUGCCAGGGCGGGUUGCAGAGGUCUUGAAAAAGAAGGGUCAACACUGCAAAUAUUGACUCUUUGCAUAAACUUAAUGUAAUUGUCAUUAAAAGCCUUUGACACUUAUGGAAUGUUUGUAAUUAUACUUCAGUAUACCAUAGUAACAUCUGACAAAAAUAUCUAAAAACACUGAAGCAGCAAACGUUGUGAAGACCAAUACUUGUGUCAUUCUCAAAACUUUUGACCCCGACUGUACUACCCUUACACACGGCGACAUUUAUCUCGCCACCGAGUCUAACGAUUUACUCCCGUAUAUGACUGGUCUCUCUCUUCCCCAUGAUUUUCCGUAACCACCGCACUACAAAGCCCUUCAUGUUCAUGAACAACCAUUUUAAAAGGUAAUUUUAGGUUUGGUAACCCCAAUGAUGUCGCUUGACAGAAUUGUUUCUUUCAAAAGUCUACUAAAAAUUACUCACAAUAUUAACUCCACUCUUAAUUUCUCGUGACCCCCUCCUCCCCCUCCUCCCUUUCGUCAAUUCUAUAAAUCUAUUUCAGAAUAAGAAUAAAUAAAAUGCCUCACAAGAUUUAAAAAACCUUGGUGCACAUUUAGCCUCUUGUUUUGAUAGUUGUGCUUUCUCAUAUGAUGCUUCAUGAUUUGCUCUGCCACACUCAUUUUUCCAAUCACUACUUUCUCACCUAUCGCCCUACGCGUCGGUAUUCUUCUGCUACCCCUGCAAUAUUCGUUUUGAUAACAGGUUUCAAACCUGCUAUCAAAGCAGACGUACCCAUUUUAUCAAUGUGCUCUGGCCAAGGAGCAGGGUUGAUCUGAGCGUUCUGACCUCACAACAGCAGUCAAGCACCCAUUUACAUUUUUAGUCAUUUAGCAGACGCUCUUAUCCAGAGCGACUUACAGUUAGUGAAUACAUAUUUUUUUAUACUGGCCCCCCCAUGGGAAUCAAACCCACAACCCUGGCGUUGCAAACGCCAUGCUCUAUCAACUGAGCUACAUCCCUGCCGGCCAUUCCCUCCCUUACCCUGGACGACGCUGGGCCAAUUGUGCGCCGCCCAUGAGUCUCCCGGUCGCGGCCGGCUGCGACAGAGCCUGGAUUCGAACCAGGAUCUCUAGUGGCACAGUUAGCACUGCGAUGCAGUGCCUUAGACCACUGCGCCACUCAGGAGACACCCAAGCUAACUGGCUAAAGUUUGGCUAGCUUGUUAGCUACUUCCAGACACAAAUGAGAGAACACCUCAUUCUGACCAUUUUACCGCCCUAGCAGAGCUGGUUAGGCUGUUUUCAUAUUAUCCAAAGCGUUGGUGACUAUAACUGUGCUGCUGGCAACAAUUUAAUACAAAUUAAAAAAUCCAAGGUUUACUGACAACGGCCAUAUUCAACGGGUGUUGAGGGUUCGUAAAUUCAACAGUUCCUCUGUGCCCUGGCACAUUCAGACGAGUGCCUUGAAAUCGGAGCAGAUAGCCAGAGCGAAUUUACGAAGCACCCGCUUUAACAAUGUCCAUAGAUAACGCACAAUGACUAUACCAUUUAGCUAAGCUAAGAAUGACGUGAAUAAUUCUGUCAAUAAACGUUGGGUAGUUGGAUAGCAUAUAGUUAAUAUACUAGCAAGUUUGGUAUAUUAGUAGCCAGCUAACAUAUAUUACCGGUACAUACUACUGCAAUGAUAUGCUAUGCGGUUCAUAAGGAUGGCGUAACUAACAAAUUGCCAGCCAAGUCAUUACUUUAUUACAUUGCUCAACAUUUUCUUAACAUUUGUCAUAAUUAGUUAAAGCAAUGAAUUUGUAUCUAUAACCAAUAAGCAUACUACAUACUCAAUUUACGUCACAAAUAGUACGGUUAGUGCGGUUAUGCUGAGUACUAAUUUUGGUUUUAUCAGUUUUUCUUUUCUGUUGAUAACAUCAAAACGCUGGUGUAUUGAGCUUUUGAUUGUUAUUUUAUCUCAUUGUGCCAACUAACAAUAGCAUCUCUGAAUUCUAUAUUUGAUUGGAACUUUCCGUCAGCAGGGAAAUGCUGCCCAAUUUUAUCCAUGAUUAGAUUUAUUUUAUCAUAUUCGAGACGAAUUGGUAGAAUGCCCUUGCGCUUUUUAAAAUAAUAAUAAUAAUAAUAUGCCAUUUAGCAGACGCUUUUAUCCAAAGCGACUUACAGUCAUGUGUGCAUACAUUUUUACGUAUGGGUGGUCCCGGGGAUCGAACCCACUACCCUGGCGUUACAAGCGCCAUGCUCUACCAAUUGAGCUUUUAAUGCUUAAAGUUUACCUCUACUAUGAUGGUUAUUUCUGCGCCUCUCUCAACGGUAUCCAGAGUUUAGAUUUCAUCACUCAUGGUUUUAAUAUAUGCCCAUUUAAAAAAAAAUCCAAGGUAGUGAUACCCACUUCCCCGGAGAGUAGUUAUGGUAUUUGUGACUUUUAAUUGGUGACGGCACCUGAUACCUUGUAUUAGAACCAGUACUGAAGCUCUGCCAAUUUACUAUUGGAGAAUAUGGGAGACCUAAUGUCUUAUACCAGUCUCACGCUUCAAAUAUCACUGUUGUUGACAACACAUAUGAAUAAAUCAAAAUUAGGGUCCAUCGUCUGUCCAUAACAUAAAUGUCUUGUCAAUGGUGAGAAAUUCGCGGUGCAAUGUAAGCCAGUCUGUGACACAAAACUGCCUUUGUGUUUCCAACAACUGCGAGCAGUUGAGAAAAUAUAUUGUACGUCCCAUGCAUAGUACCAAUCACAUGUAAUCCCCAAUUUACAGAGAAGAUCUCUUCCUGCCAAAUAUACAGGACAACAUGCAGAAUAAAUGAAUUUAUGUUUUAUGCAUGUGUUAUCAACUUUAACAGGUAGGGGCAUCGUGAGCAACUCUUUCAUAGUCACUCCCGAGGCUCCGACAGUGCUGACUGACUGAUUCAUUUGACAUGGGAAGGUUUGGACAUUAGAUUUAGAUGUUAAGCGCUUCUGUCCGGCAACGGCGUGGGAAGUAGCUAUCUAGUAUCAGGGUGACAGUCACACUGAGCACACGCAUACAACGCAUGAAGCAACACAACGCAUGAAGCAACAGUACACCCAUCAUCAAUACUUAAAUCAAAGAUAAACAAUCGUCAGUUUUAUAACUGAAAAUGUACAAUUAUUUGUGUAAAACUAACAGUGAAAUACGACUCGGACUCUGGCUUAAAAACAGAAGUACGGUAGCUCAAUGUACGGUAGUUGCAUGGUAAGAAACUGAAGAAAAAAAACAGCUGUCUAUAGCAGAACGCUUUCGACACACCCACUACUUUCCUUUCGACACACCCACUACUUUCCUUUCGACACACCCACUACUUUCCUUUCGGCACACCCACUCGCCCAUACUCAGGUCGCCAUAUUGGGAUGCAGCUACCCCCUUCUCCGAAAUAGGUGCAGCAACUUCCUCUGAGGUGGGCCUUUUUAAGGGAUGGGAUGCAUAGAAAUUGUGCACAUAGAAUGGAUCUACCGCAUAUCAGACUUGCUUUCAAUGAGAAUGACAGAUCUGUAACUCUAUAACAUUUGGUCUGUCGCCCACAAAGGACCUUUUUAAAAGUGCAGAGUGAAGGAAAAAUAAAUAACCUGCACUUGUCCUUUCCUACUAGAGCUGACUUUGCUGAUAACGUCUUUAUUGAGAAACAUUUUACUUACUAGGACUGUGAUAUGUCUCACCUACAGUUGUAGGAUCUUCAUUUUAUCGCCCUGUUGUUGCAGGAAAUGCAAACUUAGUGUAUUCAAGGUUUAAAAAGGCUUUUUAAUGUUAGUAAUUUCCACUUUACAUGUUCAGACAUGAUUUGCCCUAACAAAUAAUGUAUCAACCCCUACAAAAAUGUAAAUUGAAUUACACUCCACACAAUAAUUCACAUUUCAUGUUGCUGCAGGAUUAUUUUACUGCUGUGAGAAACUGGUCAAAUCAAGAUCCUACAUCUGUAGUUAUCUUAAGAUGAAUGUAAGUCACUCUGGAUAAGAGCCAGUGGAAAGAUUCUAGUAUGUUCUACUAACAAUAUGGAUGUGUUCAUGUUCUUUGCUCAAAUUAUAUAAGUUUACAUGUCACAGACUACUCACCUGUUUUUGGUUGUUUUAGGGAACCACAAUGCUACCUGCUAAGGAGCUGCUGCUGGCCACUCUGGAGGAGUUGGCUGAGGGAGGAGGAAAACUGGAGCGAUUUCAGUGGUUCUUGACUAGUCUGCUGCCCAUCUUUCCUCCCAUCCCAGAGAGCCAGCUGGAUGACCCUGACAGGCAGGACACAGUGGAUGAGAUGGUGCAGAGCUUCGGCCCUGAGGUUGCUGUGAAAAUCACACUGAGGAUCCUGAAGAAUUUAAAACAGUUCCAUCUCGCAGAAAAGUUAGAGAUAAACUACGGACAGGUUACGCCAUUCUUUAAAUACUUACUGACUUCCCCUGGAGCAAGUGGAGACCAGGAGACCUAUGAUGACAUUGAAGAAGGUGCAGGUGAAGAAUAUGACGUCAUGUGCUAUGAUGACCUAAUUUCGCGGUCAACACAAGCUCACAUAAGCGUUCCUGAAGGAGAACAUGAAGAAUAUGAGAUCUGUGAUGUCAUAGACAUUACCUCCACUUCAGCGCCACCGCACAUAACCAUUCCUGAGAGAGGAGCAGGUGAUGAGCAUGAGAUCUAUACUAACAUACACUUUUGUCUGUCAUUCAGCUUUAUUUUCAACUGCUGAAAUAGUAUUUUAUUUCUAAAACACCAUAUCCACCUAUUUUUUCAUCAGAAAUGAUUGCAUAUGGGUAACUUUAUGUGUGUGUAAAAUAUUACUGUUCUUAGAUCUUUAAUUCAGAGAUUUUAGAUGUGUAUGAAAACAAGUUUUUUUUGUUGCAAAACGCUGUAGAUCCAUUGUGGAAUGUUUGUAUCCUGUAUAUUUGACUGUGAUGUGGUUGUCUCACCUAGCUAUCUUUGAAAUAAAUGCACUUACUGUAAUUCGCUCUGGAUAAGAGCAUCUGCUAAGUGACUAAAAUGUAAAUUGUAAAUGAUUUACAUACAGAUCUCAUUUGUACAUUUAUUUAUAAAAGGUUUAGUUAUUUGUUACAUUUUACUGUGUAAAACCUAGCAGUACUACUUAUUUAUCCGAGAGUGAGACGGAUAUAUAUCAUUUAGCAAAAAACAUGAUUAUUUGUCUGUCUGAAAUGAAACCAUCAAGUGAUAAGAUUUUAAACAAAUACAUGUCUGUCAUUGAAUAACCCCAUGCCAUGAUUUCUACUGAUUAUUCAGUAAGAAGACAGCUACUGUGAAAUGAUAACCUGUUCUCACUCUCUUUCUUGCUCACAGAAGGCCUUUACCCCGAUAUCAAACCUAAACUAAAAGGGAUGUUGAAACGCAGUCUCUCAUUAGACGAUCUUCAAGUCAGAACACCAUCCUCGUCUCACAGAGUUUCCGAUGAUCAAGGGGAAUACAUCAACAUGAGUUCUUUGAGCCCCACAAUGCCAACUGUUCCAGAUCUGCUCCUCGCUACUCUAGAGAUGCUAAACGCAGAAGAGUUUAAGAGAUUUCUGAGUCACCUGGCUCACUGCCUGCUGUCCAUAUUUCCUCCCAUCUCAUGGAGCCAGCUGGAGAAUGCUGACACAAAGGUCACAGUGGAUAAAAUGGUGCAGUGCUACAGCCUCGAGUAUGCUGUAAAGAUCACCGUGGUGAUCCUGAAGAUGAUGAAGUGGUUUGAUCUCGCUGACAAGUUAAGGAAUAAUUACAGACUAGGUAAAACAGCAAGACAAACCAAUCUGUGCAUUAUGAGGACAUUGUUACCAGCAAGCAACAUUUGGCAUAGGAUGUCAUGAGUGAUUACAAACAGUUCAGAGGGAACAAUCAGAAAAUAUGGAAGUUUGUAAUUGUGGUAGAUUUGAAAAAAAAAAAAAAAUCGCUCCUUUCCUCUUAAGCAGUAGCGAGAACCUCAAAACAUCAAUCAAAAAGGUUGGGGGGAAUACUAGUCAGUUGCACAACUGAAUGCAUUCAACCUAAAUGUGUAUUCUGCAUUUAACCCAACCCCUUUGAAUCAGAGAGGUGCAGGGGGCUGCUUUAAUCGACAUCCACAGCACCCAGGGAGAAGUUUUUGGGGGUUAACUGCCUUGCUCAAGGGCAGAGCGGGAGAUUUUUCCAACUUGCCGGCUUGGGGAUUCAAACCAGCGACCAAGGGUUUUACUUUAUUUUUACUAUUUUCUACAUUGUAGAAUAAUAGUGAAGACAUCAAACUAUGAAAUAACACAUAGUAGUAACCAAAAACGUGUUAAACAAAUCAAAAUAUAUUUUAUAUUUGAGAUUCUUCAAAGUAGCCAUCCUUUGCUUUGAUGACAGCUUUGCACACUCUUGGCAUUCUCUCAACCAUCUUCAUGAGGUAGUCACCUGGAAUGCAUUUCAAUUAACAGGUUUGCCUUCUUGAAAGUUAAUUUGUGGAAUUUCUUUCCUUCUUAAUGCGCUUGAGCCAAUCAGUUGUGUUGUGACAAGGUAGGGGGGGUAUACAGAAGAUAGCCCUAUUUGGUAAAAGACCAAGUCCAUAUUAUGGCAAGAAGAGCUCAAAUAAGCAAUGAGAAAAAACAGUCCAUCAUUACUUUAAGACAUGAAGGUCAGUCAAUAUGGAAAAUGUCAAGAACUCUGAAAGUUUCUUCAAGUGCAGUCACAAAAACCAUCAAGCGCUAUGAUGAAACUGGCUCUCAUGAGGACCGCCACAGGAAUGGAAGACCCAGAGUUACCUCUGCUGCAGAGGAUAAGUUCAUUAGAGUUACCAGCCUCAGAAAUUGCAGCCCAAAUAAAUGCUUCACAGAGUUCAAGUAACAGACACAUCUCAACAUCAACUGUUCAGAGGAGACUGCGUGAAUCAGGCCUUCAUGGUCGAAUUGCUGCAAAGAAACCACUACUAAAGCACACCAAUAAGAAGAAGAGACUUGCUUGGGCCAAGAAACACGAGCAAUUAGACCGGUGGAAAUCUGUCCUUUGACUGAUGAGUCCAAAUUUGAGAUUUUUGGUUCCAACCGCUGUGUCUUUGUGAGACGCAGAAUAGGUGAACGGAUGAUCUCUGCAUGUGUAGUUCCCACCGUGAAGCAUGGAGGAGGAGGUGUGAUGGUGUGGGGGUGCUUUGCUGGUGACACUGUUGGUGAUUUCUUUAGAAUUUGAGGCACACUUAACCAGCAUGGCUACCACAGCGAUAUGCCAUCCCAUCUGGUUUGCGCUAAGUGGGACUAUCAUACGUUUUUCAACAGGACAAUGACCCAACACACCUCCAGGCUGUGUAAGGGCUAUUUGACCAAGAAGGAGAGUGAUGGAGUGUUGCAUCAGAUGACCUGGCCUCCACAAUCACCCGACCUCAACCCAAUUGAGAUGAUUUGGGAUGAGUUGGACCACAGAGUGAAGGAAAAACAAGUGCUCAGCAUAUGUGGGAACCCCUUCAAGACUGUUGGAAAAGCAUUCCAGGUGAAGCUGGUUGAGAGAAUGCCAAGAGUGUGCAAAGCUGUCAUCAAGGCAAAGGGUGGCUACUUUGAAGAAUCUAAAAUCUAAAAUAUAUUUUGAUUUGUUUAACACUUUUUUGGUUACUACAUGAUUCCAUAUGUGUUAUUUCAUAGUUUUGAUGUCUUCACUAUUAUUCUACAAUGUAGAAAAUAGUAAAAAUAAAGAAAAACCCUUGAAUGAGUAGGUGUCCAAACAUUUGACUGGUACUGUAUGUUAUGUUCAAGGUAAAAUUCUAUGAAAAUAAGUGUGUAUGACAUUUCAAAAUGGUGCUGCUUUUGUGUGUGGUUGACUACCAAAUGUUGCCUUUCCCACUCCCACUUACCUGUUAUUAAAUUGUUGUUAUUAUUGAUACCUCUCUUCUGAUACUACAGGAAGAAGAAGAGAGCAAAGUAAGACAGCAUGUCACACGUCAUCUUUGUCCAAGGGUAAAGAGAAAGAGGAGGAUCUUUUUGUUUCUAGUCCCUCUGCAAAAAAAGAGGAGCAAGAAAAAGCUAUUGCAAUUCAUAGCAACAGAGAUGUCAUGGUGAGAAGGAAAGGUGAUGUUUUUGGUUCACAGACACAAUCAUACCUGGUUCUAUCAUUGGAACUCAUGUAUGCAGUUAACUUGUUAUUGUGUGCAAAAUAUGAAUGAUAAUACAUUUGGUCUUGUCCUUUAGGCUCUGCUCUUUGGGGUGCUCCCCUCUUUGGGGUGCUCCCCACCCGAGAAAGAUUCAAAUCCUUCUGUUGUCUUUUUUUAUAAAGGGACCCACAAAGCUGCCUGUUGCAGAUCUGCUGCGGGCCACUCUGAUGGAGCUGAGCAAACAAGUGCGGAGGAGAUUUAAGUUUUUCCUAACUAGCAGCCUGCUGCCUGGCUUUCCUCCAAUCCCAGCCAGCCAGCUAAGGUACGCCAACAUAGAGGUCACAGUUGAUCAAAUGGUGCAGAUCUUCGGCCCUGAGGGAGCUGUGGAGAUCACACUGAAGAUCCUGAGGGAGAUGAAUCAGCAUAAUCUUGCCGAUGAAUUAAAGAGAGAACACAGCAGAAGUAAGUGCAGGUUCUUAGUCAGUGUGUUCAAACAAAGAGUGCCUGAGCUUCUUUCAUUCUCAUUAUAGAAUGUUAAUGAAGAUGUAACGUUUAUGCUCCAAGUUCCUCCUUGAUAAUGCAUCUCAGAAGCACAGGUUUCACUUCUAUAGAGGGUAACUACAGUGUUUGUAAUUUAGAGGAAAUGCGAAGUUCCUCAUGUCAUCAUCCUGUUACCUCAGUUGCAGACUAAUAACUAACUAAAUGAAAUGUGCACUCUUUGCUAUCUGUUUGUAGAUUCUCCUCUCUUCCUGAAACCCAAAUAUUCCUCUGUAGCCCUGUCAAGCCUUCCCAGUCGUCCCUCAACUAGAGAACGAUCAAAGGAAGAGGAGAGCGAGGAACGUAUCGAAGUCAAUCCGUCUCAAAGCUUAACUGAUACCAAGGAGCAAUUAUUAAGCAAUGUAUUAGGAAAGGUCGGCCAAGCUAUGUGUAUGACUGACCCUCUCCAGGUAAUAUACGAUCCUCACUGGCAAGAAAGAAAGAGAGAAGUUAAAUACAUACACUACCGUUCAAAAGUUUGGGGCCACUUAGAAAUGUCCUUGUUUUCCAUGAAAACAUACAUGAAAUGAGUUUGAAUAGGAAAAAUAGCAAAAUGAAUAGGAAAUGUAGUCAUUGACAAGGUUAGAAAUAAUGAUUUUUAAUUGAAAUUAUAAUUGUGUCCUUCAAACUUUGCUUUCGUCAAAGAAUCCUCCAUUUGCAGCAAUUACAGCCUUGCUGUCACGAUCAUUGAGAGACGGGUCAGACCAAGGUGCAGCGUAGUAUGCGUACAUGUUUAUUAAGAAGAAUAAACACUUGACAAAAUAACAAAACAACGAAAAUGUGAAGUCCUAUGGGCUAUACACACAACAAGCCUAACAGGAACACAAACAAGAUCCCACAACUAAGGUAGGCAACAUGGCUGCCUAAGUAUGAUCCCCAAUCAGAGACAACGAUAGACAGCUGCCUCUGAUUGGGAACCACACCCGGCCAACAUAGAAAUACAAAACUAGAUAUACACAUAGAAAUUCACACCCUGACCAAACCAACUAAAGACAACCGGGUUCUCAAGGCCAGGGCAUGACACUUGCAGACUUUUGGCAUUCUAGUUGUCGAUUUGUUGAGGUAAUCUGAAGAGAUUUCACCCCAUGCUUCCUGAAACACCUCCCACAAGUUGGAUUGGCUUGAUGGGUACUUCUUAAGUACCAUACGGUCAAGCUGCUCCCACAACAGCUCAUUAGGGUUGAGAUCCGGUGACUGUGCUGGCCACCCCAUUAUAGACAGAAUACCAGCUGACUGCUUCUUCCCUAAAUAGUUCUUGCAUAGUUUGGAGCUGUGCUUUGGGUCAUUGUCCUGUUUUAGGAGGAAAUUGGCUCGAAUCAAGUGCCAUCCACAGGGUACGGCAUGGCGUUGCAAAAUGGAGUGAUAGCCUUCCUUCUUCAAGAUCCCUUUUACCCUGUACAAAUCUCCCACUUUACCACCACCAAAGCACCCCCAGACCAUCACAUUGCCUCCACCAUGCUUGACAGAUGGCAUCAAGCACUCCUCCAGCAUCUUUUCAUUUGGUCUGCGUCUCACAAAUGUUAUUCUUUGUGAUCCGAACACCUCAAACUUCGAUUUGUCUGUCCAUAACACUUUUUUCCAAUCUUCCUCUGUCCAGUGUCUGUGUUCUUUUGCCCAUCUUUUCUUUUUAUUGGCCAGUCUGAGAUAUGGCUUUUUCUUUUAAACUCUGCCUAGAAGGUCAGCAUCCCGUAGUCGCCUCUUCACUGUUGACGUUGAGACUGGUGUUUUGCGGGUACUAUUUAAUGAAGCUGCCAAUUGAGGACCUGUGAGGCGUCUGUUUCUCAAACUAGACACUCUAAUGUAUUUGUCCUCUUGCUCAGUUGUGCACCGGGGCCUCCCACUCCUCUUUCUAUUCUGGUUAGAGCCAGUUUGUGCUGUUCUGUGAAUGGAGUAGUACACAGCGUUGUAAGAGAUCUUCAGUUUCUUGGGAAUUUCUUGCAUGGAAUAGCCUUAAUUUCUCAGAACAAGAAUAGACUGACGAGUUUCAGAAGAAAGUUAUUUGUUUCUGGCCAUUCUGAUCCUGUAAUUAAACACACAAUUGCUGAUGCUCCCGAUACUCAACUAGUCUCAAGAAGGCCAGUUUUAUUGCUUCUUUAAUCAGCACAACAGUUUUCAGCUGUGCUAACAUAAUUGCAAAAGGGUUUUCUAAUGAUCAAUUAGCCUUUUAAAAUGAUAAACUUUGAUUAGCAAACACAACGUGCCAUUGGAACACAGGACUGAUGGUUGCUGAUAAUGGGCCUCUGUACGCCUAUGUAGAUAUUCCAUUAAAAAUCAGCCGUUUCCAGCUACAAUAGCCAUUUACAACAUUAACAAUGUCUACACUGUAUUUCUGAUCAAUUUGAUGUUAUUUUAAUGGACAAAAAAUUUGCUUUUCUUUCGAAAACAAGGACAUUUCUAACCUGACCCCAAACUUUUGAACGGUAGCAGAUAUUUCAACUAUGGGUUCAAAAUCUACUGGUGUUGUUACAUUUUAGGCAUUUCCUGAUAACUUGGAAACAGAAAUAUAUGACGAGAGCAGGGGAGCAUACCGGUAACCUGUUCUUCUUUUCCAUUUAUGAGAGGAUAACAUGUUGAAAUUGACACUUUAAGAAUGUAAAAUGAACAUGUCAUGAUGCCACGUCAUUGUCAUAUGCUCUACACUAGGUUCAAGUGCCCCUGUGCAGGUCUGUUCCCAAGUGGUGUAACCGGUCUGGGGUUUGGGAUGGAGGGGGAGGGGGAAGUGCUCUAUUGGACAGUCCCCUGGGACAGGAGGCUUCUAGCACAGAGAGGCAAGAGGCCUGCAGGACCCCUGUUCAAAUUCACAUGCCUUAAAGGGUCUGUCUGUCAACUACACCUCCCACACUGUGAGCUUCAUUCUAGUGAGUGACGCUUUCAUGAAAGUCAUAGUGCUUCAAGACCACUGUCAUUUCGAAUGAGCCUGUCAUAAUUUAUUGAUCAAUCUCAUCAUUUAGCUAUUCUCAUUACUAAUCAUCGAUAAUCAAGUCAGAGAAAUAAGCUCCGCAUGUUCUCUUUAUUUCCCAGAGGGUGGAUGUGACUUCCUGUCUGUAGCCCAUGUAAUGGAUGACAGUUUGGAGUUUAUCCGUGACGUUCAGAUAACAGACAAACAUGUCAUAUUAAACAUCACUGGAUUCUCUGCUUAUGGCGUCGUCAAGGAAGAUGACUCACCCACUGUUCCUAUACGUGCACUUGUCUUGUUAUUCUACAAACCCCCAGUUGUUCCUAAAAAGAGGUCCAUCCUGAAUGUGUUGUUGCUUCCCAGAAAUGUUAUGAUCAGGGAGGUAGGUAAGCAGAUCAGAGAUGUCAAACAAUACUUUGGCGGGAAUAUACUAAAUGCAUGUUUUGGUAACGUUAUCACUCGGAUAAUGUUUUAUAGUUUAAACAUUGGAUAACCAAAAUGUGCUUUUAUGAAAACAUUCAAAGGUACAGGAGGAGUGGAAGAGAAGGAAUGGAGAUGAAGAAAUCUACAUUGAAACUAAUGCUCACUGCCAACUAAUCCCAAAGCAAGAAUAUACCCUCUCCACUGAUCUUGUAGAUGAACAUCAAAUAAGACCAAAGGUGAUGAGUUAGAGAAAAAUAAUUAGAUGAAAAUCUAUUUGCACAUUAAAAUUCUAUAACCGACUAACUGUAUUUUUCACCAGGAUGCAGCAUUCGUGGAUUUCGAAUCCUAUGAAAACUACAUCCCAACAUUUCAGUUGUUCUUACAAACUGUCGUUGAACAAGUUGAUCUCCUCCUGAAAGAAAAUGGCGGUGCAGAGUCUGUGUGGGACAGGCUUGUCUGGCUUCCAGGUAACACAAAGUUGGAGUACUAGUAUUGCAGUUGUUGUUACUGAAUUAGUAUAUCUUUAUAUCAUAAGUAUUGGUUAUAAUGAACGCAGUCUUAUAUUAACGUUAAUCAGACGGUCUUCUUUUCUCAGUCACAGUUUCACCAACGGAAGUCAUCUCUACAGGUAACUUGAGAUUCCGCUGAGAUUUACCAUUAUAAACCUCACAAUUUAAUGAUUUCACAAUAAUAAAAGAAGACAUUAUUGAAAUAAAGAAAUCUGAUUCGUAGUGCUCCUGUGUAGUAAAAAAUAAUAUUGACUUGAGGUCAUAAUUUAUCUUCGAUGUUUAGCAUACAUCUUGAGUUUAUCAUGCUAAACUGUAUUUUAAAGAUAGCAUUUUCCCCUCUCUCAGCUUCCGGCCCUCUCUCUGUAGCCCCUCCUGCCGAUCCUCCUACUCUCUCAGGAGAGAACUUCAUAACAAAACAAAGAGUGAAACUGGAGGAACACAUGGGUGAAUUACAACCUAUACUCCUCAAGCUCCAGGGAUGUAAAGUACUGAACGAUAUGGAGAGAGAGAAGAUUGACAACAUAAGUUCACGGGUCCAGAGGAACAAGGCCCUUCUGGAAAUGGUUAUGAGGAAGGGACCUCGUGCCCAGGAACAGCUGUACCAGGCCAUAAAAAAAGGGGACCCUUACCUGGUGGAAUACCUGGAAGAGGAGACAUCCUGACCAUAGAUUGGUGUGUAAGGUAAUCCAACGGUUCUGGACAAAAAAUGACAACAAAGAAGAUGUGUAAAUGGACCAGGAGCCUAGAGACCGGGGAAGUGUUGCUAUGCAACUCCAGGAAAGUGUUGCUAUGCAACUGCACUGGCUGCAAACAGCAAGCUCAGGGACUUUGCUAUUUAAUGGCGUUAUAUAUGUUUUGAUCUCUGUAUAAAAUAUAUAUGUAGAUGGUAAGUAUAUAUUUCCAAGCAUUUAUUUACGUUUUCAUAUGAGUAUUUUAUCCAUACACAUACAGAUUUAUGUAUCAGUCAUUUCUAUAGUUGAUCAAUGUCGCUGCUAUCCAUGAAUUUCUAUCUGCACACUGAUGUUUUUAUUGGUCUCAUAUUGUGAUGGAGAGAUGCUUGUAUAAAAGUUGCGUCACUCUUGUCCAUAUAGAAUGUACUGUAUGAAAAUGACCAAAAGCCAGGCCUAGUCUGUUGAAUGACAUAGCUGUGGUGAAGAGAUCAAUGCUAAGUGGUGGCAGGCACGCUGUUCUACAAAACAAAAAAUACAAUGACAGUGUGAGGGCAAUGUUCAGUGUUCAUAAUGCUCAAUAGUGUCAAGUUAUAUUACAUUUGAUUAAACCUCUCUAGCUUAUUUGAGUUGAGCUACUCCCCCCCUGUGUCAAGACAUCCGGGGUGGGUCAUGUUUGUAUUGAAUAGCAGCUCUACUUUAGCACGUUGUCCCUCGUUCCAAAAUAUAGUUCACACAUUGAGGGGCCGCUUCCGGAACACAGAUUAAGGGCUCUAUUCAUUCCGCGUCGCAGAGAUUCAUCUUUACAGCGUGAUUGAAAUUUAAAGGCAAUGUUCCCGCUUUAGCGGAGUAUGCGGUAAACGAUGCCUAAG